AUGGACGAUGGACACUCCUGGGGAUGGGAUCAAGUACUCCCGAAAGCGAUGAUAGAACGUUGGAUUGCCUACCAAUCUCAACUUCCCCUUCUGAACGAGCUGAGCAUCGAACGCUGCGUGCUGUGCCCAAAUCCAACAACGAUUCAACUGCAUUUGUUUUCUGAUGCUUCGGAACGUGCCUACGGGGCAUGUGUGUAUGUACGGUCAACAAAUUCAGCAGGCACCGUCAAGGUCGCCCUGCUAACAACUAAAUCAAAGGUUACACCACUCAAGCAACAAACCAUCCCACGAUUGGAACUGUGUGGGGCCUUACUAGCAGCACAACUUUAUGAAAGGGUCGUCGAAUCUCUACAACUACCAGUCCAAACAUUCUUCUGGGUGGACUCAACUACGGUACUUAGCUGGCUCAAAUCACCACCCACAACUUGGACCACCUUCGUAGCAAACCGUGUUUCCAAAACUCAACAAGCAACGGUGAAUUGUACCUGGCGACACGUAGCAGGCAAGGAAAAUCCUGCCGACCAUCUAUCACGAGGAAUGACAGCAGAGACACUCCUAGAAUGUGUCAACUGGUGGCAGGGAACAACCUGGUUGCACCUUGAUGACAACGAAUGGCCCAUACAAUGUCCAUUUGCAAUCGAGGAUCCUAAAGCAUCCAUUGAGGCGCGCAAAGUAGCACCGGUGGAACCCGAACCAUCCUUCAUCGACCAGCUCGUCAGUAGAUUCUCCCAAUAUCAACGAAUGCUGCGGAUCGUCGCAUAUUGUCUUAGAUUUCCUAGAAACUGCCAACUCGCAAAGGAAAAUCGACCAGAGAACACCUGCGUUACUGUAAACGAAACACAAGAAGCAGAAACAAUUUUAAUUAGACUCGUUCAGCAGCAAUCAUUUAUGGAAGAAUGGCGGUUAAUCGAAAAAUCAAUGCCAGUUUCCACGAAAUCACGAAUCAAAUGGUUUCAUCCCAUGCUAUCAUCCCCUGAGCGCCUGAUACGCAUUGGAGGAAGGAUAAAUCAAUCCCAGCAACCCUACGACGCGAAACAUCAAAUCAUCCUACCGUCAUCUCAUCAUUUGUCAACUCUACUGGUAAGAAGUUAUCAUGAGCGACACCUUCAUGCCGCUCCCCAGCUGCUAGUCAGCAUUCUACGUCUCCGGUAUUGGAUUAUAGGAGCCAGGAACUUGGCACGCAAAAUUGUCCACAAGUGUGUUGUUUGUGUCAAAGCUCGUCCAAAACUAAUCAAACAGUUCAUGGCUGAACUACCAGCGAAACGCAUCAUCGCCUCUCGACCGUUUUCAGCAACUGGUGUUGACUACUGGGGUCCGAUACUGUUACAGCCACCUCACCGUCGAGCCGCUGCGCGGAAGGCCUACGUAGCCGUUUUUAUAUGUUUUUGCACAAAGGCUGUGCACCUGGAACUGGUGGCAGACAUCAGCACUCAAAAAUUCAUACAAGCACUUAGACGUUUCGUUGCUCGUCGUGGAUUGUGUUCAACCUAUACAGCGACAAUGGUAGAAAUUUUGUUGGAGCUGCUAACGAACUAA